AUGACCAACCCAUCUGAAACCCAUGAACUACCAACAACACCAACAACACCAUCAACACCAACAACACCAAUCGACGAUGAACUCGAUCGAACUUAUCAUGCCAUCACCCAACUCAUCCAAACCACACUCAACUCACCACCACCCACCACUCCACGACUAUCGAUCGAAUUCCAACCGGACCACCUCCAACUAUGUCUAACACCAAACCACGAACAACAACAUCACUCAAUCAUCAUCUCAAUCGAUCAUACAACCACAUCAUCAUCACCAUCAUCACCAUCACCAUCACCAUCAUCAUCACCAUCAUCAUCAUCACCUUCAACCCAACAACAUCAUCAACAUCAACAAAAUCAACAACAACAACAACUAUGUCUCACUCCUACCUCUCACACCUCAUUCGACUUCAAAACAAUCCGACCAAACCGAACCAUCGACCACUACUGUUGCUUUGCGAUCCCACUCUACAAUACUGGCAUCUACUCCAUCCUCGCUCAGUUUACCAUCUUCGGCUUCGUCUUCGGCAUCCUCUCCUUCUCCGCCCCCUCCAUCCUCGCUAUCGUCCUCGACUUCAGCUUCACUGCUUUCUUUGGAGUCUUGUGUUUGGCCGUCGGGUCGAUCCAGGCGCUUGGGUUUUAUGGAGUGUAUAAAGAAAAGCCGAUCAUCUUCAAGCGAUAUUUUAUGGGCAACGUCGGCCUAAUAGGGAUCACGUUCCUAUACAGCUUGAUUCUCCUGAUCAUCUCCUCCACCAAGCAUCAGACGGCCAUCGACCAAUGCUUGUUGCAGUUCGUCUCCAACGACGAGUUUGUCGAUGGCCCGUCGAACUCCUCGAGACAGCUCUGCUCCGUCUGGACUUGGGCCCAGUUGGCCGUCUGUUUCUUCGUCUGGUUCUUGUUCUUCUUUUCGCAGUUAUACUUUUGUUACAUGGUGAAAGUUUGGGGACAAGAUCAACGCCUUGAUCAUAUCCGAUACCAAUCCCUAAUCUCGGCCGUCCGGCAAUCGAGAGCGACCUCGUCGAUGGUCCAACCGAGCCAUCUGGAAGGUGGGGAUGAAUGGGAGAGUCGCUCGACGGGCGGUUCCCUGGACAUCCGCUCCUCGACAUACUCCGGACAUUCGAAUCGACGGGCCAAGGGGGGAGUUGCCAAUGGAGGCAGUCGGCUGAAGAACGAGAUCGAGUGGAAAGAGAUCCCCCACUCUACUAAUGAGCCGGUUUCGCCUCCGCCUGCUCAUCAACAAGUCUCGUCGGACUCUUCCGAAUCCUCGGAAUCUGCUCGACGCAAACAAAAGUAUAGGCAACGCACGGCUCGGCUGGAUGAUGAGGACGAGGAUCCGAUCGACCCUCAUCUGACCCUCGCGUCGACGGCCAUUGGAUCGAGGUCAUCGAUCAGUCUCUUCCGGAUCCCGCUCUUGCCUCCCACCCCCAACUUCCUCCAAAUCAUCAGAAGCUUCCCUGGAUGA